GGUCUUAACAACACCAAGUUCCUCAAUUCAACUCUUCUUUUAGCAGGUUAUUUGCUGAACUCUGGCGCAAUCAAACAUUUACGAUAUCUCAUUAAGACAUCGAUUUUCCAUCAUCGGCUUCUUGAAAAUCUGUCCAACCCGGAAAUGUACCAAGUAGCUUGACUGUAACGAGUGGAGCAGUAGCACCGCUUUUUCUAAGCAGGGCUGAUUUCCGAAUAAGUGCACUAAGAUGGAUUGUUAUUUACUGCUGCUGUAGUGAACAUGUCCACAGAUACCACCCCAUGGAGUUCCAAGACUCAGAGCCCAGCUUCAAAAUUGAUUGACAAGUCCAAAGAGUCACCUUUUGUUCCAAUAGGCAUGACUGGAUUUGCAGCAAUAGUUGGAUUGGGACUUUAUAAACUGCGAACCAGAGGGAACACCAAAAUGUCUGUGCACCUUAUACACACCCGUGUGGCUGCACAGGCAUGUGUAGUGGGAGCUGUGACCUUGGGUGUCCUGUAUUCCAUGUACAAAGAAUAUGUGGUGAAGCCAAGAGAAGCAAAUCUCUCUAAGUAAAUCUCCUCACUGUGUUAUGCUGCAUAUAUUUAUGUAUUAUUAUUAAUGUCUCACUUGGUAUUGAGAUGUCUUGAAGCAAUGACAUCCUCACAAAUGGUUUGACAUG